AUGUUGCGUUUCUCAACCAUCAUCACCUGGCUUGUCUGGGCUAUUGCUUUCGAGCAUCUUAUCCAAGCAGCACCAGCCAAGGCAUCCUGCACUUCUACCGAUCCUAUUCUUGCUUCCAUCAAGAAUGACUUCGGAUCACCUCUUGCCUUCUGUCAGUGGUGGUCCGGAGCUUCAUACAUCUCCUCCAGCCCGAUCAAUGGCGUAUCUCCCGUCGAUAUCAGCAGAGUCUGCAGAUGUAUCAACGCAAACUCAGCUCUCAUCGGCAAGACAACAACCAAAGCCAUGGCUUCCCCGACUGGCGUGAGCAAAGUGCCCAAUUUGGAUGCCCUUCGAAAGCUUGUAGCUCAGCCCUUGCCUUUCUGCAAGUUUUGGUUCAAUGCUCCUGUCUGCAAGGCCGUCACUGCUACACCCGCCCUCGUGACUAGUUCCGUCAGGUCAACAGCCAAAGCCUCUUCGUCUACCAAGAAGAUCUCUUCUUCUUCGUCUACAAGGGUCUCGAGUUCGACAGUUUCUCCUUCCAAGAUCUCGAGCUCCAGCAAAAUCACCAGUAGCUCAGUCAAGCCUACAACGUCUUCGACAAAGCCAGUUGUCUCCUCGUCGAAGCCUGCCGUGUCUUCAUCCAAAAAUAGCGUCAGUUUCUCGAGCUCCACAUCUUCGACUUUCACAAGCUCUUCGAUAAGCGUCGUCAGCGCCUUGCCUACCGCUACGGCCGUGGGAAAUGUAUUCACAGCAUCCGAAGUCACUCUUCCGCCAGCGCCUACUGCCACACUAGGAUCUAUGGCUCCGCCUGGCCUCGACUUGGACAAUGUUGAAAACUUGACUCCUGCUCCUCAAGCAAACCUUUACUUUGGUGGUGCCCCCUCCGCUGAUAAUGCGACCUCGACUGUUGCCAAGGUCGGUGUUGGUUUCCAGCACCCUUCCGUCGUCCUCGAUCACACCAGUUAUAUCAAGAGUGUUCACUGCGACGCCUCGAGCAUAACCAUUGUCUUCAAUGACCUUUCCGCCUUCCAGCACUCGGAGUCGGAGUGGCAAAUGGAUGGCCACGUCAUUUUGGUCACCUCAGAGGACUCGUGUGGUGCCAACGGAACCAGUACCAUGUUCUUGACCGAAUCUUUCACAUUCGAUACUACCAACCUCAUCGCUGUCGGUAAAGGUCAAGAGGCACAGCUGGCUGAUAUUUUUGACACCCUCGAUCUUGACUUUGGUACCGUCACAACCUCAAACACCUCAUACACACCAAACUGCGGCACCAUGAACGGAACAGAUGGCACUUUCCCAUCCGCUGCUUGCGGAACCUCUUUUGAUUCUACCCUCGAUCAGGAACUUGGAUACUACACUGGAGAUGAUGACUCUAUCAUCGCUAUUGUGGCUCCGACAUCGCAGAGUACCCUGAGCAAGAGAUGGUCUCUCAAGGGUGCCAUCAGCAAGGUAACCAGCGUGGCUAAGGCAAUUGCAGCGCCGGUCGCCAAGGCAGCUGCCGCAGUCGUCCCUGCCUCGAUUCAGAAGGCAGCGUCAAGUCUCGGUAGCACCAUCAAGUCUGCAGUCUCGGCCGUUGCGUCUCUGGUUCCUGCCAUCACUCUGUCCAAGUCCUUGGACGUACCGCUCAACCUUGGACCUGCUCAGAACGACCCUUCGCCUUGGGGCCCGCAAUACAAGUUCUUUGAGUACAGCCCGGAUUCGCAGAAGGACGCCUCGAUGAUCGCUGCCACACAAAAGUCCCUGAGUGGCAUGUCCACCUCGCUGAAUGGUAUCUCUGAUCCUAAGCCUGGUAUUCAAAUGUAUUGCGUGGAUUGCGGUAUCAAGGGCGAUUUCCAAGCAGUAGGUACUGUCUCAGCCAGUCUUGCCCAGGGUGUGACAAAGUGCGAUGUCAGUCUCGACGGCAAUCUCUACGCAGGAGUCUUUGUCGGAGUCAAUGCCUUUGCCGCCUACGAGAAGAACAUCAACAAGGAUCUGAUCAACAAGGGUCUUCCAACUCUGUCUAUCCCCGGUAUCGCCGUGUUGGGCCCCAAGGUCACUGUCUCCCUGAACAGCAAUCUCAAAGUCCAAGCUGCUGGUCAGCUGCUUGUCGGAGCAUCUCUGAACUGGCCUAAGAUCCAUGCCAACCUCGAUCUGUUGGACAAGUCGAAGUCUGUCCAGACUGGCUUUACCCCCGAGAUUGUCAAGAAGUUCGACGCAUGGGGAGAUGUCACAGCUGACGCUUCUCUUGCGCUACCCGUGACUCUCUUCUUCGGUGUGGACAUAUUGAACGGAAAGUAUCAGAAGGGUGUCUCGCUUGUCAAUACCCCUGCAGUCACUGCAUCUGCCGAACUUGCCAUCGCCGCCAGUUACGGCACAGGUGCUUCCAACAGUAUCACUAGCUCUACCGGCUGUUUCGGAAUCAAGUACAACAUCGGACUGAGCAACAACCUCGCGGUUCACCUUCUCGACAUCAACACAUUCACGCUUUUGGACUACCAGAGACCCAGUCUCGCAAACGGCUGUCUCGGUCGUGCCGUACCCACCGUCAAGCGCACCACAUCUUCCUCUGCCGCUCCUACUUCCACAGACGACGGAUCUGAUGGUUCCGCCGCAACUGACGGUCCCGCCCCUACGGACGGCUCAGGCUCUGGCUCGUCAGAUGGUGGUGAUAAUGGAGGUAGCAGUGCAUCGACCAUUGCAGACUCUGGUGGCUCGCCCGCACCUACUGAUGGUGGUAGUCAACCAACCACAACCGAUGCCGGCAGUCAGCCAACUUCAAACGAUGCUGGCAGCCAACCAACUACGACCAAUAGCGGAAGUGCGCAGACCACAGCCAAUGGUGGAAAUGCUGGAAGUGCACAGACUACAACCGCUGGUUCCGUCGCGCAAACAUCCACCACCAGCGUUGUCGCACCCACGCCCAGCGCUCUCAAGUGUGGCGACUAUUACACUACCAGCGAUGGUACCUAUUGGCAAGUUCAAUGUGGCUUUGAUUGGCCCGGAAGAGAUAUCAUGCACACUCCCUACUUCAACAUGUCAUCUUGUAUCGACGCUUGCUCUGAUUAUGGCUCAAGCUGUGUGGGAGUCAUCUGGGUCCAACGCGGUCAAGAUGCUCAGAACUGCUGGUUGAAGAGCUCUACGCCCGUCAAAGGAAGUGUUCCAUCUGGUCUCACUCUCUUCGCCGCCUCACCCGUAACAUAUGCUCCUCUGGCCUCCUGCCCUGCUGCAGAUGGCACCACCUUUGUCGAUGCCCAGAAGCAGGUCUAUCAGGUCAAAUGUAACAUGGACUACCAAGGUUACGACCUCGGUGGUCUGACCGGGUACACCAAUUUGGAGUCAUGCAUCAACUACUGUGAUACCAACCUGGACUGUAUCGGUGUGUCUUACGCCUACAGCGGAACCUACAAGACUCCGCUCUGCUAUCCCAAGUAUGAGAUCACCGACGUGCCUCUCAACGCCACAAGGUUCAAGUACAAGGUCGACACCGCCAUCAAGAUGAACAGACCUCAGAAAAAAGCAUUGGGCUCAUGUCCUUCCAUUGACGGAAGCACUUUCUACGACGCUGCUGGCAAGUACUACAAGAUCUCAUGUGGUUUGGAUUACCAAGGCAACGACAUCAUCGAGAAAGACAACAUUGCCACACUCGAGCAGUGUAUCAACGCUUGCGAUGCUAACAAUGGUUGUACCGGUGUCAGCUUCGCCCACGAUGGCUACUAUGGAAACAACCCUGGCUGCUACCUCAAGAGCGCGCAAUCAAGCAACGCUGUCAACAGUACUACCGAUCUCUCAUACAUUGUCGACUCUGCAUACUUGGUCAGCGGAUCCAUGAAGAAGAGAGAUGUCGUCUCUGUCAACGUCAAGGUCGCCUCCAGUUCUACAGUUUCCGCAGCCUCAUCAUCGUCGUCGGUUCUCAGCAGCAGGUCUUCCACCCUAUCUGCCUCAUCAUCUUCAGCCGCCUCGACCACUCUCUCGUCAAGCUUCACAAGCUCUUCCGCCUCGGUCAAAACCUCUGUCAGCUCGUCCGUGUCUUCAAGCAAGUCAAGCUCCCUUUCAAGAUCUAUGACCAGCUCGUCAACUUCUUCUUCAGUCAGCUCAUCGGCCACUGCCGCAGCCGACAACACUACCAACAUCAUCAUUACUGACACUUCUGGCCAACUCCAACUCACACCUUCCGGCGACGGCAACAUGUACAUGUCUCCGAACGCCUCCAGCGCAAGCUUUGGCUCAGACGGCUAUGUCGCUCUGGGAGACGCGACUGGAAACCUCUUCGUCUACUACCCCGACAUGCUGGCAGCUCAUGGAGCCUCUCGUUUCCGUCUUGCCGCUUGGGGGUCUAUUCCCCACGGUGCUCGCCUCCUCACUCUUACACCUUUCAAGAGUGGAGACGUUACUGCCUUGUUGGCAGUAGAUACCUUGGGACACUUCUUCUUCCCUGUGCUGUGCUCGUUCGAGGGCGCACAACAGGCCAAGGUCUUCCUCGUCAAGGAUCCUACAGCUGAUCUCAGCUACAUUGCUGACCCCGAGUUGAGAUUCAUCUUGACCGGUGGUGUUGUCAGCCAGUGUAAUCCAUUGGCUUUGACGUCCAAGAGUCUCAAGGCUCUUGCUUAG